CACCUGAGGGCGUAUGCAGGUCAACCCACCGCUCCUCCGUCACCAUCACUUCCACACUGACAGGAGGCGACGAUGCAGCGAGGCCUGACACACCUGAGCCACUUUUUGCUGUGGCUGCUUUUUGCACAAACAUCUGCGGAUUUGCCGAUGUGCAAAGAGUCAGACUAUCACUUUGAGUACACAGAGUGUGACGUACUCGGGUCUCGAUGGAGAGUGGCAGUUCCAAACAAACCCGACACAUGCACAGGUCUACCAGAUCCAGUGAGAGGCACUCAGUGCACCUUCUCUUGUAGUGAGGGGGAGUUCCUGGCCAUGCAGUCGCAGCAGUGCCAGAAGUGUGCUGCAGGCACCUACUCUCUGGGCACCGGCGUGGCCUUCGAUGAGUGGGACAGCCUACCGACAGGUUUUGUCACCCACGGGGUGACAACAAAUGGCGGGGAUGCCCACACAGACUGCUCCAACUCAACGUGGACACCGUCAGGUGAUUACAUAGCCUCAAACACAGAUGAGUGCACUGCCGUGCUGUCCUAUGCCGUGAGCCUGAAGAAACCUGGAACUGUGUCCUUUGAGUAUUUCUACCCUGACAACAGUGUCUACUUUGAGUUCUUUGUUCAGAACGACCAGUGUCAGUCUACAGACUCUGAAAGCCGGUGGAUGAAGAUCUCAGAGAGCAGCUGGAGUAAAUACAGGGUUGAGCUGAACACUGGCAAUAACGUGCUGUACUGGAGAACCACUGCCUACACUCUGCAGGGCAGCGCCGUCAAACCUGUGCUGUUAAGAAAUGUUGCCAUCUCAGGGGUGGCCUUCACAUCGGAGUGUUUCCAUUGUAAACCUGGCACCUACAGUGCAAAACCAGGAUCCGCCCGCUGUGCCCCCUGCCCUGCUGACACCUACUCCACUAAGGGUGCCACUGUUUGCCAUCAGUGUGAACCAGACAAAUAUGCAGAGGCUGGUUCAGGGAGCUGCAAACCGAGACCCGCUUGUGCAAACAGUGAUUACUUCUACACUCACACUCCCUGUGACUCCGAGGGAAAGACGCAGCUCAUGUACAAGUGGAUUGAACCUAAGAUCUGCAAUGAGACCACUGAAGGAGCGGUGAAGCUUCCUGCGUCAGGGGAGAAGACAACCUGUCCACCGUGUAACCCGGGGUUCUUUGUCACCAACUCCUCCACCUGUGAACCCUGCGCCAACGGUUUCUACUCUAAUGGAACAGCCUGUGCUAAGUGCCCUGUUGGCACAGAGCCGGUGGUGGGCUUCGAGUACAAAUGGUGGAACACCAUGCCGAGCAACAUGAAGAGCUCCGUCUUCACUCGGGAGUUCAGCCACUCCGACCACAGCACAGCAUGGGAGGUGGCUGGAGAGUACAUUUACACCACGCCUGGGGAUCAGGACACAGACUAUCUGAUGCUCAUACUCAACGUCCCUGGAUACAGGCUGCCUCAGUCCCUGGUCAAAGACAGUGAAAGGACUGAACUGUCUUCCAUCACCUUUGUCUUUGAGACCACGUGCACAGCUGACUGCAAAUUGUACUUCCUGGCUGGUUAUAAUCAGUGGAAUAAUAAUGUGGUGGAGCAGUGGAAAGGCAGCAACAGGAAACAGUCGUACUCCUACCUGAUCCAUAGCAACAGCACCGUCAGCUUCACCUGGACGUUUCAGCGAACAGAGACCUUUAACAUGGAGAGGAAAUACAGCCGCGACGUUGCAAAGAUCUACGCCAUCCGCAUCACCAAUGUGGUCGGAGGUGUAGCCUCGCAGUGUCGACGCUGUGCCCUGAGCUCCGCAGAGGCCGGCUCCGCCUGCGUUCCCUGCCCACCGGGACACUACAUGGUCAACGGGACAGGGGUGUGUAAGAGAUGCUCGCCGAACACUUUCAUCAGGGCUGAGCAGCCUGUGGGGGAGGCGGCUUGUGUUCACUGUGGUCCAAACACCAAGAGAAACAAGGCUUACUCAGCUUGUGUCAGUGACUGUUCGCUGGAUGUGCGGACGAGAGCAGGAGCCCGGCUGCAGUACGACUUCUCUCCUCUGGCCAACGUCACCAGCUUCCACAGCGGGCCUCGCUUCACCAACAAAGGCCUGAGAUAUUUCCAUCUCUUCAGCGUGGGUCUGUGUGGGAAAGAGGGCCGUGUGCCAGCCACAUGUGUGGACAACGUAACAGAGAGUGGGAGAGAGGUCAGAGGUUACGUCUGCCAGUCCACCGUGGUUCCCUCUGAAAUCAGGAGUCAGAGCGUGGUGUCCUCCCAGCCUUUCCUCAUCGGUGACUCACUCAUCGGUGUGACCACUGACACGGCGCUGGCUGGCGUCUCUUCUCCAAAUUGGCUGUUCUCCCCUGCACCCGGCUUGCCAGACGUCAUAUUCUAUUACAAGUCCAGUGAGAAGACUCAGGCUUGUAAACAAGGCAGGUCAGCCACCAUCAGACUGAGAUGUAAUCCCACAGUGACGGCUAAAGACCACAUCACACUGCCCAGUAACUGUUCAGAGGGGACGUGUGAUGGUUGUUCUUUCCACCUUCUGUGGCAGAGCCAGCAUGCAUGUCCACUCUGCACCAAACACCACUACAGAGAGAUUGUCAGCGCUUGUAUCCAGGGAAUACAGAGAACCACCUAUGUGUGGCAGCAGCCGUUGCAGUGCUACGGAGGAGAGUCCCUACCGGUGCAAAAAGUCAGCGCUUGUGUGACCCUGGAUUUCUGGCUCAAGUUUGGUGUUUCCACGGGAACGAUUGCUGCUGUGCUACUCAUCAGUAUCAGCUGCUAUUUCUGGAAGAAGACACGCAAGUUGCAGUAUAAAUACUCCAAGCUGAUGAUGAGCUCUGGGGGUAAAGAGUGUGAACUGCCCACUGCAGACAGCUGUGCAAUAAUGGAGGGAGAGGACGCAGAGGACGAGCUCAUGGACCUCACCAAGAAAUCCUUCUUCACCAAAAUUAAGUCCUUCUCACGGGAGAGGACGUAUGAUGGGUUUGACUCAGUUCCACUAAAGUCUUCGUCUUCACUCCACCAAAGAGAGGAGGAGGACUCUGAUGAUGCUUAAAUCAGAGGAUGAACAGGUCUUUCAUGGUCUUUGUGGAGUCAUAGAAAACAGAGAUGGGCUGUGAAUGCAUUUUAUUUAUUACAAAAGAUAUAGGCUUACUGAGGGAGUUUUGAAAUAAUGCAAGGAGUGACAGUUUUAUUUAGUAGUUUUGGCAUAUGUUAGGUUUCCACACCUAAUAUUGAAAGACAAAGUCUCCAUAUUGGGGAUAUUCUUCACGUAUUUGGGAAUAUUUUCAAAGCCCAUGGUGUAUUUCAAAAGACCACGACAGAGAAAGUUACACUUUUUGUCGAUGUGUGAGACCGUGUACAUUUUACAUGACUGUUACUGUGUAUUUCACUUUUUUCUCUUUUUUGUCUCCUUUGUUUAUUUGUUUUAUUAGCCACGCCAUCUAGUUCAGUUUUAGAACGCUAUUUGGCAAUAUAUUCGCUAUGCUUGAUUUAGUAACCUUUUCUGCUGCACCAAAGUUUAUGAUAUUAUUUUGUUUUACUCUAAAGUAAAGACAUUUUCUACAUCUUUAGGAACUAAGAAUGACCUUAUAUAACUUCACAUUACAUUGAUUUGAGGUGGCUUAAUUCCACUACAUUCCUGCAUGAUGUUUUUACAGUGUAAGAAUUACACUUGAGUUAUGAAAAAGCCAACUUCAGAGAAAAAAAGUGCCUUCCUGAAAGUGAAGAAUAAGUCGCAUGUGUUGUUUUACUCCUAAAGCAAAGUGUCAGAGAAUUCUUUAAGAGCAGCUCCGGAGUGAUCACAUGAUUAAUCAUAUGUGUGAAAAGAGACCCCCUUUGUCCCAUUGUUCAUUCGGUGAUGUUAAAAGCAUAUAUGAUUUUAAUUUCAAGACUAAUUUGUCUAUGCAGACCCUUUGGAAUUUAUAGAUGAAAAAGACAACAACCUAAUACAUUUAUGGUAACUCUGUAUAUUGGGAUGAAAUGAUAGGAAAUUGGCUGAAAACAGGAAAGAAAUUCUGCUGUUGGUACAUAAGAGAAAAAGGAUACUGAGGAGCUCAGAAGCUCUUAAAACCACUGUCUCUAUAUUAAGACCUUUUUAAGUUUUUGGAACUAGACAUUAGAAAAUGGUUUGGUGUCUGUGACUGUAGGACAACUUCUGCCUGAAUUUGAUGAUGUAUUUUCUACUUAAUGCCACUAUAUUGUAUGUUUAUAUGUAUUUCCAUGUGCUUUUGAUUGAAAAAAAAACCUAUAUAAUUGAUUGUUUAAUUAAAAAAUGAAUACAAACUGA